CUCUCCACCUCCCAAUCCCAAGCCUGCUACACAUCAUUUGCAAAUUUGCAACUAGCUUUCAACCUGCUAGGUUUCGUGCACCAUGGGCACGGCCGAGAAGGGGUCGGCGGCGAGGAAGGCCGGGCUGAUCGCCAAGACGCUGGACCGGUGCCGGAGCACGACGGCGAGGAACAAGCCGGCAGAGGGCUGCUUCUCGGUGUACGUCGGCGAUGACAUGCAGCGGUUCGUGGUGCGGACGGAGUGCUUGAACCACCCACUGUUCCGGGCGCUGCUGGAGGAGGCCGAGGAGGCGUUUGGGUACGCGGACGCAGGCCCCCUCGAGCUGCCCUGCAACACCGAGGCGUUCACCAAGGUGCUGGAGAAGAUCGAGGAGGAGAAACAUGUGGCGGUGGGGAGGAGGCACGGCCUCGCCAGGGGGAACUCUUAUCGGUCGCUUGGAGCUGCCUGGCCUAUGAUUGUUGGCCGGUCGUAACAUUUGCAUUUAUGAUCAUAUGCCGAGUUGAUGAGCUCUGGGUUUCUGUUGAGCUUGCAUCCUCAUACUAUCGUGUACACAGUUGUAAGCAACCUUAGCUCCAAAGUAUGGUACUGUAAACAACAUCACCAUACACGGAGUACUUGGCAAACGUUA